AUGCCAAAAUCCACGACGAAGGCCACAGGCAAAGCUACAAAGCCAAUAACUGACUUCUUUACGCGUCGCCCACGCACCAUUUCCCAUGACUCGGGCCCACAACCAUCCCAGUCUCCUAAGCGAGCCUUAAAUCCUAGUAACACAAAGAAAUCCAAGGACAGAAUACGCGACCAAGACGCAAAUACUAUGCCUGCACUCAAGGUUGACGUUCCGGCGCGCCCUGUUGCUUCGCUGCCCACACCGCUUCCCGACUCGGAGCCAGGACAUCGAAGCACAAGGGACGCGACGAAGCCCAAAGCUUUGCACUCUCAUAAUGCCAGUGCGCUGGGCUUGGGCCUGCCUGUCACAUCGUCCCAAUCGUCCCAAUCUACUAUCAACAAGACUACAUCACGCACCGCUGUUAAGCCAUCCGGGAAGCGCAAGAAGAACAUCGACGACGAUUCAGACAAUGAACACCGACUAGACUCAAUGAUUACAGUCAUAAAACGCCCUACAAAAAAUGCCAAGGCUCAUACUUUCAUUCUAACUCCCUCUCCGACGGCUAAAGUCAAUGUCGCGCCAGCCCUCGCCACGCCUCCUAUCUCGCAUAAGAGACCGCGGCUUUUAUCACCCGAACCCUCCAUCAUUGUCCCCAGCAGCCAGUCUGAUGAAAUGGAGGUGGAUGUAUCUAGAUUAUCAAUCCGUGAAGUAGAUGUCGUGAAGGACUCCGUAGACAAAUGGCGCCAGGAUCCUCAACUAGUCUCGAUCAAGGCGCUGCAAAACAGGGAAGCCUCCGUCCCAGCCACUCUGCUGGCUUCGGAAGAUGAUCAUCACUCCGUCGUCUCGGGGUCCUCUGCUACUUCACUUCCCCGCUCUAGUCCUGGCGAAAUAUCAACUCGGACCUCCAAUACGUCUGUCAACGACGAUGAUUGCAUUCCCGAUGUCUAUGCUGGCUCAUUGACCCCACCUCCGUCAAGUCCCCGCGCCGCCCCUUCUAUGAAAGCACCAGUUGCCCUUAGCGGAGAAGCUAAGGCAGCUCAGAUCAUUGCUGACAUUAAAGCGCGUUGCGAAGCGAGCAGGGAGAGUUCAGAGGAACGGGCUCUGAAGGAUUUCAAGGAUAAUCUCGACUCGGACUCUGACCUAGAAGACUUACUCAUCAACCCGAUAAUCAUGCGAAAGUCUACCCGCGCCUCUAAGCAAGAACCAUCAGCCAAUGCUUCUUCGUCGGGCAGCAAGCGCUAUGACCUACGCACAAAGCGUUCAUCUUUAGACGGACCUACUGCUCGCCCCCCGCCAACUAAAUACCCCGAAACGAUAACAGACGUCAAGGGCAAGGGCAAGGCUACCGGACGGCCUUCAGCAAGUAGUCGACGCGUUGAGAAUCCCUUAGAUGCUUUACUAAAGGAGAAGAAGAAUGCUGAGAAAAAGGGCAAAGGCGCGGACGCCCUUCGUGCUGCUGAAACAGCCGUCGCUGGCAAGCAAGGUUUAUUGGCGGAGAUGGACGAAGAAGACCCGGCUUGGCAAGACGAAGGGGCUGCCUUCAGUGCCUUGAAAUACCGAGACCGUUUGGAGAAGGACCUCUCGAGCGACGGCGCCAAUGACGACCACGAGAUGGGCGAAGAAGAUCAGCAGAGGCUGUUUGGCCGCAAGUGCAGCAAAAGUAUAAAUGUCAUUCUGGACAAGGACAAAGGCAAGACAGUGGAUACGGAAUCAGAAAGCAAGCCAUUUGGGAUCCCAUUGUGGCUCGAUGCAACGGAUCAGAUGGAAGUCGAGCACGAGGUACCCCAGUUUACCGCUCCGGACGACAAUCCUGUCUGGGGUUCGCUUGCCGCGGCACUCACGCGCCAAGAUGUCCCCCUCUCUAGUUUAUUGCUGGAGACUUUACCGACCUCGCUGUUGAGCAGUAUCGUACCUUACGCCUGCCAACUGGCCUUAAGCGACGACCAUCCGCGUCUAGGUCUCUCUGCCUACCUGACACUGAGCCGCCUAUGGAGUGGUCCUCUACAGUCGGCCGCUGUUUUACCGGUUUCGGUGCUCUACUCUGCCUUGGAUCGCUUAGGUGCGGAUCCGGCUAUCCUUCUGAAAGCGGGAUGGGCAUCAGUGGGCCCCCAUCGUGGGCCUACAUCUGACAGCACGACUCGGGAGAAGAUGCUCUAUCGUCUAAUAUACUUAACCACAUCAGCGGCAAGGUUUGGCUCUCUUAUACCCCAGGAGAUUCCUAAUGUUUUGCUUCUGCUCUCUCAUGUUGCGUUGGAUCCCUCUUGCUCGCAAGAUAUCACCAGAGACCUCAUUAUGGCUGUACACGACAUAUGUUCUUCCAUCGGUCCUAGCGAUGAUGUUAUUCCCGAUAUAGAAUCGGCUGUCUGCAACAAGUUGCUCGGGUUUCUGGCAGACGUGGAACCUAUCAACAAAGACUACGUCGUGGGCCUGCUUGCCUCUGGGUCUGGUCGCACGAUGCGAAUAGCAAGAGUAAUUGCGCGCUCAAUCAUCCUCGACAAGCGCGCCGUUACUUCAACUGGUUACUCCAACUUGCCUCCCUUGUUCCCCCUGGUGAAGGCACUGCUCAACGACGCUUCUGGCCGUGAUAUUUUCCAAAUCAACUCACAGACGGAUUACGUCGAUUUGGGCUACUAUGUCCAUAUCCUGGCGGUGGCACUGUCCGCUAUCGAUCUCUACACAGAGAACGAGAAAGCGCAGAAGCCCGAGCCUUUCUCCCCCUCGAUGCUGGGUUUGGGUCGGCGUCCUGAAAAGCCUGAUACGCCUCUUCAACUCAUCAAGCUGGCGUUAGAUUCGCUUCACUCGCGGAUUGCUGAUACCCGUGCUGCUCACCUUGAUCGCUCGCGAACAAAAGCAGCCAUCAAGCAACUAUCGAUGCGUGUUCAUUAUCAACGCAGAGCAGCCGUUUCCUCGUACGUCAGCCGAAAACAAUCGAUUCAGUCGUACUUUACCCCCGCUUCAAGAUAA